AUGUCCGAGCUCACCACUUCAAAAACGGCACGCCCGCAAUGGGUUGCUGACCUCCAGUCGCCGCCAGCGCCACGCGCCAAGUCCGGCAACAUCGCCGACCCGCCGGGGUUUCCCUCACAAGCGGUUUCAUCCAACAAGAAACGCGACGCAAAAGACACAAAGGCCGCCGUUGCGUCCACCGCGCCCCCCAAGAAGCAACAGACACCCGAGGAGAUGGACACGCUCAAGGUCAAAAAGGCGUGGGAGGUCGCCCUGGGCCCCAUCAAGAACCUGCCGAUGACGGCCAUCAUGAUGUACAUGUCCGGCAACUCGCUGCAGAUUUUCAGCAUCAUGAUGGUGUUUAUGGCCUUCAAGAACCCGAUCAUGGGCAUUUUGAGCACCCAGCAGACGUUUGAGCGGUUCGAGACGCCCGGCAACCGCGGCCAGAUUCUGCAGGUGAAGCUGGCGUUUGUUGCAAUGCAGAUUGUGGCCUUGGCACUGGGCGUGUGGAAGAUCAACGGGAUGGGUUUGCUGCCGACAACACGGUCGGACUGGCUGGCAUGGGAGGUGCCGCGUUUCACGGCGGAAGUGGCUGUUCCAGCUCUAUGA